GUCAGUGACACACACUCUAUCUCUCUGUUUUCCAUAUAUUAUCUCGUCCGUCGAUCUAGCGUCACUUUUCACAUUUCUCUCUCUCUCUCACACACACACACAUCUGUCUCCACUUCGUCACUCCUAACCACCACCACCGUCGUCUCCGGCAACGGUUUCAACCAAAACCUCAUCGUAUCGGUCGUCGUGGAUCUAACAAUCUCAGAUCCGCGACUGCAGUCCACGCGCCUUUCGAAAAUGGAGGAAGCACUAGAAAUGGCACGCUCCAAGGACACCAAGGAACGAAUGGCCGGAGUAGAGAGACUUCAUGAACUUCUAGAAGCAUCUAGAAAGAGCUUGAGUUCAUCGGAAGUGACGUCACUAGUGGAUUGUUGUUUAGAUCUUUUAAAAGAUAAUAAUUUUAGGGUUUCGCAAGGGGGAUUGCAAGCUCUGGAUUCAGCAGCAGUGCUUUCUGGUGAACAUUUGAAACUUCAUUUCAAUGCUUUGGUUCCUGCUACUGUUGAACGCUUAGGUGAUGCUAAACAGCCUGUUCGUGAUGCCGCUAGACGCCUUUUGAUUACUCUCAUGCAGGUUUCUUCCCCAACUCUUAUUGUUGAAAGAGCUGGGUCUAAUGCCUGGACGCAUAAAAGCUGGAGAGUUCGAGAAGAGUUUGCAAAAACGGUCACAUCCGCUAUUGGCCUUUUUGCAUCUACAGAGCUACCCCUGCAACGUGCUAUUCUUCCUCCUAUAUUACAGAUGUUAUACGACCCUAAUCCAGGUGUGAGAGAAGCUGCUAUUUUAUGUAUCGAGGAGAUGUAUACUCAUAUUGGGCCUCAAUUCCGUGAAGAACUUCAGCGCCAUCAGCUUCCAUCAUCAUUGGUAAAAGAUAUUAACGCCAGACUAGAAAGAAUUGAACCAAAACAACGUACCACAGAUAUACGAGUUAAUACCUAUGCUCCUGCUGGUCCCAAGCUUACUAAUCACAAUCCUAAAAGAAGCAGUCCCAAGGCCAAGACUUCUUCUCGUGAAGUUUCUCUCUUUGGAGGGGAAACUGAUGUAACUGAGAAGCCCGUAGACCCAAUUAAAGUUUACUCAGAAAAGGAGCUGGUUCGUGAGUUUGAAAAGAUUGCUUUGCUUCUUGUUCCUGAAAAGGAUUGGUCCAUUCGGAUUGGAGCUAUGCAACGAGUUGAGGGCCUUGUCAUUGGAGGUGCAACUGAUUAUCCAUGUUUCCGUGGACUUUUGAAGCAACUUGUUGGUCCCCUAAGCACUCAGUUAGCUGAUAGGAGAUCUAGCAUAGUUAAGCAGGCUUGUCACUUACUGAACUUUCUAUCCAAAGAGCUGCUGGGAGAUUUUGAAUCAUUGGCCGAGAUGUUUAUACCUGCUCUUUUCAAACUUGUUGUGAUAACGGUACUUGUAAUUGCAGAGUCUGCAGAUAACUGCAUUAAAACGAUGUUGCGUAACUGCAAAGUUUCGCGGAUCCUUCCUCGUGUGGCUGAAACUGCAAAGCAUGAUCGAAGCUCUAUACUACGUGCCAGAUGUUGCGAAUAUGCCUUGUUGAUACUGGAAUACUGGGCCGAUGCACCUGAGAUUCAACGGUCAGCUGACCUUUACGAAGACCUUAUUAAGUGUUGUGUGGGAGAUGCAAUGAGCGAGGUACGGUCUACUGCUAGAGCAUGCUACAGAAUGUUUUCCAAAACUUGGCCUGAUCGUUCCCGUCGCUUGUUUUCAUUGUUCGAUCCUGUUAUUCAAAGGAUAAUAAAUGAAGAGGAUGGGGGAAUGCACAGGAGGCAUGCAUCACCCUCACUUCGCGAGAGAAAUCCACAAACGCCACUUAAUGCUCAAAGUUCUGCAUCAGGUCUAGCUGGAUAUGGAACGUCAGCAAUUGUUGCCAUGGAUAGAAAUGCAAGCUUACCGUCCGCGUCUGCUGCAUCUCUCUCAUCUGGGCUGUUUUCAUCUCAGUCAAAGCCCAUAAACAAGACUACGGAACGUAGCCUAGAAAGUGUAUUACAUGCUAGCAAACAGAAGGUGACGGCCAUUGAAAGCAUGCUUAGAGGUUUAGAUUCUGGGAGAGUUAGGUCAUCAAGCCUGGAUCUAGGAGUGGACCCACCUUCAUCUCGUGAUCCGCCAUUCCCUCUUGCUGCUCCUGCUUCCAAUAGUCUCACCAGCUCUUUAUCAUUAGAUACAACUACCUCUGGCAUCUCAAAAGGUAACAAUCGUAAUGGUGGCUUGGUCUUGUCUGACAUCAUCACUCAGAUUCAGGCUUCUCGGGAUUCUGCUAAGCACGCGUAUCGUGGUAAUGUUGCGAAUGAGACUUUGUCAUCACUUUCAUCCUACUCGCAACGAAGAACUUCAGAAAAGCAUCAAGAAAGAAGCUCGUUUGAGGACAACCAUGACAUCAGAGAGGCCAGGCGGUCAGUGAAUUUGCACACAGAUAGACAGUACUCGGAGACACCAUACAGAGAUUCACACUUCAGGGAUUCUCAUAAUAGUCAUGUACCCAAUUUUCAGAGACCUUUAUCAAGAAAAAACGCACCCGGGCGAAUGGCUUCAAGCAGGCGUAGGAGUUUUGACGAGAGCCAGUUCUCUCCUGGAGAGAUGUCAAGCUAUACAGAUGGUCCAGCUUCCUUGAAUGAUGCUCUGAGUGACGGUCUUAGUUCUGGUUCAGAUUGGAAUGCCAGGGUUUCUGCAUUUAACUAUCUUCGCUCAUUACUCCAGCAAGGCCCUAAAGGAGUCCAAGAAGUUACACAAAGUUUUGAGAAAGUAAUGAAGUUAUUUUUCCAACACUUGGAUGAUCCCCAUCAUAAAGUGGCACAAGCAGCUCUUACAACACUAGCAGAUGUCAUUCCGGCUUGUAGAAAACUAUUUGAAAGUUAUAUGGAGAGAAUAUUACCUCAUGUGUUCUCUCGGUUAAUUGAUCCAAAAGAAUUAGUAAGACAACCAUGCUCGACAACUUUAGAAAUUGUUGGUAAAACCUACGGUGUUGAUUCACUGCUGCCAGCUUUGCUUCGGUCAUUAGAUGAACAACGAUCCCCAAAGGCAAAAUUGGCUGUCAUAGAGUUUGCUAUCAUUUCGUUCAAUAAACAUGCUAUGAACCCUGAGGGUGCUGGGAACAUUGGCAUCUUGAAAUUAUGGCUUGCUAAAUUAGCACCAUUGGUGCAUGACAAAAAUACAAAGCUAAGAGAAGCAGCGAUAACAUGCAUUAUAUCUGUCUAUUCUCAUUUUGAUUCAACAUCCGUUUUGAAUUAUAUUCUUAGUUUAUCUGUCGAAGAGCAAAAUUCUUUAAGACGAGCACUUAAGCAACAUACACCUCGUAUAGAAGUUGACUUGAUGAAUUAUCUGCAACAGAAGAAAGACCGACAACGUUCGAAAUCCUCCUAUGAUCCUUACGAUAAUGUUGGUACCUCUUCUGAAGAAGGAUACAUUGCAGUGUCAAAGAAGACUCCCUUAUUCGGAAGGUAUUCUGGUAGUUCCAUCGACAGUGAUGGUGGUAAGAAAUGGGGAUCAGGUUCUGCCCAAGAUUCUACCCAAAUCAGUAGCCGGGCAGCACCUGAUGGAAGUGAGGAUAAUCUGUAUAUUGGAUCCAAUAACGGUGUACAUAAUAUAAACGCUAAGGAUGCAAAGUGGUCAGACUAUUUAGAAAACAAUGCUGACAUGGAGGCUCCUUCAACACCUCGUCUCAAUGGACUCGCUAGCUCUGAUAGCCAGCAUGUUGCAGUUAACCGUAAUGUUGAUAUUGAGGGUGCACCUGAUUUGGAACUUAGUCUUUCAAAACUUGCAGCUUUAAAGAUUAAUUCUUCUCCUGAAACUAGACCAAGCAUCCCUCAAAUUCUUCAUCUAAUUUCUAAUGGGACAGAUGACUGUGAUACGACAACCAAGCGUACUUCCCUUCAACAGUUGGUUGAUGCUUCUGUUGCCAAUGAUUCUUCAAUUUGGACAAAGUAUUUUAACCAAAUUUUAAUGGUUGUACUCGAGGUGUUGGAUGAUCCCGAUUCAUCAAUUCGGGAGCUUGCUCUUUCAUUAAUAGCUGAAAUGCUGAAGAAUCAGAGAGAUGCUAUGGAAGAUUCUGUUGAAAUUGUAAUUGAAAAGUUACUAAAUCUUACGAAGGACACAAUUCCAAAAGUAUCAAAUGAAGCAGAACAUUGUGUAACUGUUGUUCUGUCUCAGUAUGAUCCUUUUAGAUGUUUGAGUGUUAUUGUCCCAUUAUUGGUUACUGAAGAUGAGAAAACUCUUGUUACAUGUAUUAACUGUUUGACUAAGCUUGUGGGCAGGCUUUCCCAAGAGGAACUAACUACCCAGUUACAGUCUUUUUUGCCUGCUCUUUUUGAUGCUUUUGGUAACCAAAGUGCCGAUGUUCGCAAGACUGUUGUUUUCUGUCUGGUAGACAUCUACAUAAUGCUUGGAAAAGCUUUCUUGCCACAUUUGGAAGGCCUUAACAGUACACAGUUGCGGUUAGUAACGAUAUAUGCGAACCGUAUUUCACAAGCAAGAACGGGAACUCCUAUCCAAGACUAGUGGUGGAAUAGUGAUAAAAUAGUGGAUGAGUACGUUUUGGUUCGUUAAUUUGCUUGUGAAUCUUGUAUAUUUGUAUGGUGUGUGAUGCGUGCAUUCGAUCAAAGGCCGGGGCUAGUUUUUUUUUUUUUUAUUUGUAUGGCUUCAUUUUUGCCCCUUUUUAUUGAUUUUUUUAACACUUAGUUUGGUUGGAGUUGAGGGAAGUGUGGUUUUGUGGAAAAUGAUUUAAACACUAGUUAAAUUGUAUCUUCAUGGUUUUUGUGUCCAUAAUAUAUAUUUUGGUUCUUGCCA